CUCGGCGCCCGCGGCGGAACCGCAGUCAGUGCGAACCAAAAUGGCGAGUGCGAGGAAGGUUCGCGUCGGCUGGCAGCGCGUUUCGUCUGUGCUCGCGACUUUCUGAACGGGACGCGGGCAAUAAUGUGAUCCACGUGAUUCACGUCGGCACUUGCGGCGACUGUGGAACCGAGAAUCGACGGGUUGCACGUCUCGUCGUGCGUUUUUUCGACAGUUACGAUAUCACGCAGCAGCUCCGUCCACCAGCGGCGAUCAGACGUCGAGCACCCUCCUCCUGCCGCGGGCAAUCUACGGGGUGACACCGGCGCGAAAUUUCCCGGAGCUAAUCAUACAUCCAGAUGACGCGAUGACGCUACAUUGGUGGAUGCACUGGUUCUGGGUUACCGCGCAAUUUCUCGUGAUUCUUGGGAGUCCCUUGCCGUCUACCACAUCGGAUCCCGUCAAUCAGUCACAACCGUCCUCGAUCGAAACCGAAGAUAUUUAUCGUACAUCGAAGUCACCCAGGCCGAGCUUCCGCAUCGCCAAGGCCAUUGGACUCUAUCCACAGACAAAUACGGCCGUGGUGCCUGAUAGGCAGCAGCAAUUUGUCACCACUAUCGGUCCUCUGUCAUCGGAACGUGGAAGCACCAUCGGAACGAGCAUCCACGACACCGCAGAGUUGAGCUUCCGCAGCAACGUCACCAACGUCGAGUCCUUCAGCACCGAAACGCCGCCGCAACGUGCCACGGAGAACGUUGACAGGAUCAGGAACUCGACCACAAAGAAAGACAGCAAGAUUACGUGGAUUCUGACGACGAAUAAAUCGUCGGGCAGAUCCAAGUACGAUCAGGAGGCGAGAAAUCAGUCUAACGCAGCCAGCAGAAACAUUAGCCUCGAGGAAGUCGAGGAUCUCACAGUGUUACCUCUUCAAGAAGAGAUGUCCAAGGUCGAUUUGAUGCUGACUAACAGGACGAGAUCUUCCUUUGUGACAUCCUUGUCUGCAGUCGACGCCGCGGGCAGUAACGCCGCGAUCAGGACAUUCAAUCGGUCCGAGGACGAAGUCGAGAUCGACGAGGAGAUUGCCCAGACGCAGCACUUUGCCACGGCGGCGUCUAUUCUCGAAGUUGGCGUGAGCGAGUCCACUCGUCUGAGCAGAGCGAGGAACACCUUUAUCACGCAGCACUUCCAGCGAGAUCAAGUGCAAGGAGAUAAUCAGCCUUCCGAUUACAUCGACGCUGGCAAUAGCAGCGACAACGACGCCGAGCACGACUCGGCGACGUCAGCCGCGGGUAUAGCUGCUAUUACCGGCAGCUGUUUAGCGACUGUAGCUCUGCUCAGCACAAUGGGUAGUCUCGGAUUCAUUAUAUAUAGGCGCAAGUACUUGAACCCUCCACAAACGUUGAACAGUGACAAGUGCAGCAAUCCCGAUAGCUCUGGUUAUAUCGAUGAUUCCACCAUUCGGGAUAAUUCGGAGGAAAUGUACAGCUUGGAUAACGAUUCCUUCCUGAAUUCGCUGGAGGCGAUGACAAUACAGAAUUAUUGGACGGACAGUGUGAAGCAUACGAAACUAUGACAAAAGAAGAUAACCCAUCCCGGAAGGAGGAUUGAGACAUUCAGCAUCUCCGACGGUGAAGCGCACGAGCAAAUCUCGCUGCUUGAACAAUAGUACUUACACGUUCGAGACGGCUGUAUUCCGCAAGAACCUUCGUUGCCCCGCGCAUCCGGAGGCGGCGAUGGAGUAUGCAGCGCUCGUACCGAAAGUCGUUAAUCAGCCUUAAUGGGCUGCGACGAACGUAGCUACCUUGAAACGUUACCACUGUACGACGUAAAAGAAUUGUAGAUCAAAAUUGCGGGACGAUGCGUAUACGUAUACUAUCUCGUUUCGCGAAAGUUGAUUUCACGUCACUUCCAUCGUCUCUAUAUUUUUCUACGGCGCAUGCGCGUUGGCAAAGUCGUGCUCACGCGGUAAGCGGCGCAGUUAUCCCCGAGUAUUUCCAUUAACGAGAUAAGUGCAAUAAAUGAGAACUCUAUGUACUUUAUAAUAUUAUCAGAUUAAUAUUAUAACACUAUUCUAGCGAAGUAAGUACAAAUAAAACUACUUAUAGUCCGCAUUACCUAGAAUUUUCGCUAAAUUAAAAGGAAAAAAGGAGAGAUAAUUUAUUAAGGAUAUUAAGGUAAUUCUUAGGAGUAUAUUUAUAGUACAAUAUUUUCCAAUAAUGUGCGAGUUGGAACUUGUAUGUACAAUUGUACUUACUAAUGUCUUUUUAAUCUUGGAUUGAACGCCCAAUUAUUUCUCUACAGCCUCCCUUUGAAGUUACAUGAGCAAUUCUGCGAUAAUUAGGUCGGUCCAUAUUUUGACAGUUGCUUAAACUGAUAGCUUAAAUAUUUUCGAACAUUGGAUUUACGGAAGAUCGGACCAAAUCGUACGUAGAUCUAGCUUUACGCCUUUAUGACAUAUCCAGAAAUAGAAGAAACGUUAAUUCAUGUUUUCCAUUACGAAUCUAGCUUGUACCUAUGUACAUACGAUAUUGUUGUAAAACGUUUUAUGUAUAGAUGUGCAAAUCUCUGGCGUCGCGCCAGCAGGGCGCGAUUAAUUUUAAGUAGCUUUAGCGUUUGUCCAGAUAUAUUUCUAUACAUCCAAAAGGGAUAAAAGACAGAGAAUCCAUUGUGAUAGAUUGUAGUGUUUAAAAUGAAUGUAAGAUUUAUCAUUGGUCCGUUUAUGGUAAAACGCGGUUGUGAAUAAAUAUGUUCGUGUAUUAUACCUCA